AUGCCCCUCCUGCUAUCCGGAGCCGAUCCAGUCGAUUCUGUCAUGACACAGUGCUGGGGUCGCAGGGCUAAACUCAAUGGAGAACUGACACAGGCUCGCAUCAAAUCUUCUGCUAAAGAACCAGUGAUCAGAACAUUGUCACCGUUGCCACCUUUGUCUGCAGCAUUUUCUGGAACAUCGUUACCCCAGCAGUUCACUGAGUUUGAGGCAACACGGUUACAGCCAGAUGCAAGCGCUAAGGUAGGACAAUUCCGGGGCCGGGUGGUGAGAGUCCUGCUGGUUGUUCUUCUCCUCCUCUUGCAGCCAACAAUGGGAGCAGAGUUUUGGACUGAGGAGCAGCCCGAUCACGUGAUUUUCCGGUACAAACUAUGCCAGCCUGUGUCGCGCUCGAACCUGAUGAUGAUGAUGGGCUCUCAUUUCGACGACACGAAGAUGGCACCGGAUUUAGCCAGUGCCAGAAAGAUGUUCGGCGACAGUGAGGGCUUUCAAGGUGACGACCCGAGUGUUGACUACGAGGAGGAUUCCAACGGAGCAGGGGACGAUGACAAGUUGUGGAAUUUUGACGAAAACGUUUGGGUUGACGAGAGGGAAGAGACUGUGAAAAAUAAUGGGGUGACGAAAGACAAACUGAAUUCAGAGUUUGUGGAAAGCCGAACGUGGCUGCCUCGGAAGAAGGUUUUAAACCGGCAUGUAGACAGUAAAGUUAUAGACCACAACAAACAGUCUAGAGACAGUAAAGGGGAUGGAGGCAGUGUCAUCCACGGGGAUGGAUCUAAGCAACCAACAGAAGCUGAUUCCUACCCUUUCAUGCGACGCAGACGGCGAAGGUCUCACCACGAGGCUGAAACUCGAUCACAUAAUACUGGUGAUACCAUGAACGACCGAGGACAACGCGAGGAUACUGGUGACAGUGUAAAUAACAAAGAUGAUGAUAAUAAUAACGACGACGGUGACUUAGACGCCAAAGAUACACAAACCACAAAUAGUAUUCAGCUUCAGUUGUUUUUGAGUGGGAAAGAUAAGAAACAGCGGAAAAAGUUGAAACAAAAGUUAAGACAGUCACCGGUUAAUUUAAGCAAGCCGCCUCCAUGGGAGUGCAAGUUUAGCCAAAGACAACGGCAGAUGAACAAGGGCGUAUUCCCUCAGUUUGUUCUGGAGGGCAGAUGCGAGACAGACAAGUGUUUCUACCGCCUGUACAACUGCGCGCCAAUCAAAUACACAUUGAAGCUGCUACAAAGAGACCCUAACAAAUGCAACCCACUGCCCAGCGCGACCAACAUAACAAUCUACGAAGAGCGGUGGCAACUUGUUCAGAAAUAUGUCACCGUUGGCUGUAACUGCGUCAGUCCAAUUGCAAAGAACCCCAAGCAAAGAAACCGACGACUUGACUAA